AUGUUCUUUUGCUGUUCGAUUGGCAGUCGAUUCAUCAAGGCACAGAAUGUUUUGAAUUAUGUGAGUCGGCCAGUUUCAUUAUUAGGAAUGUGGCCAGUGAAUAUAACAAUCGGCAGUCGUAUAAGAAUGGUUGUGUAUUUCAUCUAUCAUUUUUAUCGGAUUGGGAUGGAGUUAAUUGAGUUUGUCAUGGUUUUCGGGGAUCUUGGGCUUGUCACUGAAAACCUUUUGAUGACAGGUGUACAAAUAGCUAUAGUGUUGAGACUGACAUUACCAAGAUUUGCUGGAAGCAUGCGUCGAGUAAUCGAGAAAUUGAGUGAUUUACAUCGCCGGGAUAUGUUCAAAGAUACGAGAGAAAUGGAAAUAUUCAUCGAGUACAGUGAACGCAGCGAGAGAUGUUACAGAAUUGUAUUGUGGCCAGCUACGAUUGCUUGCGUCUCGUGGUACCUAACGCCUGUUCAGACCUAUCUCCUUGCUAGAAUUCGCAAUGGAACAUUCAUAUAUGAAGCUCCUUGGCGGAUGCCGGCAUUUGGGGCUAUGGCAAGACCUGAGGUGGCAAUAUUGGUUCAUAUUAUCGAAUUACCAGUAGUGUACGUAUCUUUCUGCUAUAUGAUAUCAUACUGUAUAUAUGUUGCGCUGGUGAAUCAUAUUCGAUGCCAAUUAGUUAUUGUAAACCAUAAAGUGCGUAAACUCAAAGUCGAUAGAAUAAGGAAUAUGGAAGAAGUACUCAGUCCCAUUGUUGAGAGACAUGUCGCAGUACUUCAUAUAGCAAAGUCAUUGAAUGAUUGUUCUCGUGUUUCCCUAUUAUCGGAACUACUCAUCGUAAGCGCCACGCUUGCAUUACUGUUAUACAACAUAAUAGUGGACGGCGUUAAAGUCAUGAACUACGGAUUUUAUGUUUUCAAUAUGCUUACUGUCAUGUUUACGAAUUGUUAUAUGGGUCAAUGUUUGGAAGAUGAGGCUGUGAAUCUGUCUGAUGCAUUUUAUGACCACGAUUGGACCGAUCUACCACUCUCAUAUCAAAAAGCAUUCAUAACAUGCAUGAUACAUGCUCAAAGACCGUUACAAAUCACGGCUGGGAAAUUCUACAAAUUCUCUCUGAGUGGUUUCACAAAGAUCAUGAAAUCAAUCAUGGGAUUUUACUCAAUGUUGAGAGCAACGACUUGAAAUCAGUAUAUUAUUGGCCUUGUGUAUUCUAAAUGCCG